AUGAAUGGUAAAACUAUUCCGUUCUCAACAGAGGUCAAAUAUCUGGGGGUAACACUGGACCAGAAACUGACCUGGAACAAGCAUGUGGACGGAACCAUACAAAAGGCUAAAUCAGCCUUGGCAAUAUGCUGUCGCUUGGCAGGCAACAGAUGGGGUCUAAAACCCAAAAUUGCCUUAUGGCUGUACACAUCCAUAGUGAGGCCGAUAGUGUCUUACGCCUCUGUAGCAUGGUACAGGAAAACGACGCAGAAGGUAACAGUGAUGAAGCUUGGCAGCCUUCAAAGAACUGCCUGUGUCAUCGUCACUGGGGCCAUGUCAUCCUCCCCGACGGCAGCCCUAGAAGCCAUACUAAAUCUACCACCCCUCCACUUGCACCUAGAAUUGGAGGCGAGAUCUAGUAUGCUUAGAAUAGCGGGCGCGAGGAGAGGUAAUUGGUUAUCGCAAACUCUGAGACUGUUUAAUGAAUCAGUGUACGAUAUUCCUGUUCUUGGGAUGCCAACCGACACUAUGUCACCCAAAUUUUGUCCACUCAAACUUUACUCAGUGGAAAUCCCCAAACGGGAGGACUGGUCAAACAGUCAAAUUAAGUGGAAAGAAGGAAGCCUGAGGUGGUACACUGAUGGCUCCAAAUCCGGAUCUGAAGUAGGUUGCGGAGUAUACGGUGAAGCGCCUAGGAAAAGCAUCAGCUUAAACCUAGGACGUUUUUGCUCUAUAUUCCAGGCAGAGGUAUACGCCAUUCUAGAAUGUGCGUCAAUCAAUCUGCAAAGCAACUACGGCAACCAUACUAUCUAUAUCCAUUCGGAUAGCCAGGCGGCACUCUUAGCUCUAACCUCCGAUGUCACCACAUCGAGGCUGGUUGAGAACUGCAGGCAACUAUUGAACAACCUUGGAGCCAGGAACAAGGUUGUUCUACGUUGGGUCCCGGGGCAUGCGGGUAUCGUAGGAAACGAGAAGGCCGACGAACUCGCGCGAGCAGGGGCUAAGGGGAAGAACUACAGUCCUGAGCCCUUUUGUGGUAUCCCCAAAAGCCUAACGCGGCUCACCCUAAAGACCUACUGUUACUACAAAACCAUUCAACUCUGGAGAGAAACAACAGGUUUGAACCAUUCCAAAGCGCUUAUCAAGGCCUUCAGCAAAAAGGCGUCCUCGAACGCCUUAGCGCUGUCUAGGAACCAACUGCGCAACUUGAUCGACGCUGGUACAGGCGCGACAGAAUCAAAGUUGUCUGUGAAGAGCCGUUCGAUACGACUGGCCAGAUGUCUCCGUGUCGCGGGGCUUCGGCCUGGCGACGUGGCCGUCGUGUCCGGCCGGAACCAUCUGGACGUCCACAUCCCCUUCUAUGCUGCGUUUAUGAACGGGCUACCGUUGGCUGGAAUCGAUCCUAUUUACAGAUAUGAAGAAAUCAAGUUUCAUUUUAAGACGACCAAACCAAGUAUAGUCUUCUGUGAAGUUGAAAAUUUUGGUGACAUGAAGACGGUCGUGGAUGAUCUCGGACUUGGUACGAGGAUAGUGACAUUUGGUGACGGUGACCACUCGUUAGCAAAGUUCUUGAAGAUGUACGAUGAGCACGAGCCGGAGCACACAUUCAAGUAUUUUAUGUCCUCUAGAGACAUUCAACCAGCUCUGAACUUGUCGAGCGUGCAGUGGAUAUCCUCGUACCUGGCGUCGCUGGCCAUGAUCACCGCCAACCACAUCAAGGUGCAAUCUUCGUCCCCCAUCACCGUCGAACACGCCAUUGACAUCAUCAACAAACACAAGCCUGUUGUAAGCACCGGGAGUCCACAUCUGUUUUCUGGCAUCGUCAGACAUCCAAAGUCUUGUGACCUGACUUGCUUCAACUGCAUCGUCCUUACUGGUUCUUCCACGGAUCCAGAGAUUCUCCAACUACUCAAAUCAAAACUGCAUCCUAAAGCUGUGGUGUGGAAUCUGUAUGCUCAAACAGAGUGUGUAGGACCUAUAUUCCUCCCUUGCCCACACGGCCCCGCAGGGAAUGUGGGGAAAGAAAUCCCACAAGUAAAAGUACAGUUGGUCGACACUACAACUGGCGAAGUAAUCACGAACCCCAACAAGACGGGAGAGCUCUGGUCUAAGGGGCCAAGAUUUGCAGAGUACUACAAUAACCCUGAGUCAACUUGUGAGGCGUUUACAGCUGACGGCUGGUACAAGACCGGAGACCUGCUGUACAGAGAUGAAGAUGGUUACUACUUCUACGUGGAUCGUAUGUCUAGCGCCUUCAAAGUUAGAGGUUACUUUGUAAUGCCCAUGGAGGUGGAAACAGUGAUCAAAACGCACCCCGACGUGGUGGAAGCGUGCGUGGUCGGCGUCCCGCACCCCGACGACGGCAAACGCGCCGUCGCCGUCGUGCAGCGCCGCAUCGGCGCCGCCGUCACCGAGCAAAACAUCAAGGACCUCGUUGCCAGUAAACUCUCAGACAGCAAGCAUCUGCACGGUGGAGUCAUUUUCGUCGACAAUUUCCCGAGAACAGUCACCGGCAAAUUGAAGAGAAAUAGAAUUCUCGAUAUGGUCUUAAAUGGGCAAAGCAUGCCUGAUUUAGAGUUACCCAGCGUCGGCAACACAAAGAAAUUGAUAAGUACCUUUCAACAACAAAUCAGCUCGCAAUACGUUUUAUCGGGAAGAAACAUUAGCGGUCUACAGGGAUAAUGCACGAACUGUCGCCUGCGAAAUUCCGGACCGAUACGACCCUCAAAUGUUCAAGUAAAGAGCGUACUCCUAUCUUAAAGGCCGGCAACGCACUUACAACCCCUCUGGUGUUGCGAGUGUCCAUGGGCGGCAGUAAUCGCUUACCGGCAGGCAAUCCGUCUGCUCGUUUGC